AAUAAUAGAAAGGAGAUUACUGUGUAGAUCUGCUUCACUCUGUAGAAAUGUAAAAGCAACUGAUGGAUCUAGCAUUUUAAUUUCUACUCAAUCUACAAACACUAAUCCUCCACUCCAUGAGCCCUAACUAUUUUCAUUCUUUCUCCUCAUAAGUUUUUGCAUGUUGCAUUUCAAGUCCAUACAGUUUACCCAAUUAUAUUACAAUGAACUUUCAAAUUUCCAAUUCUAACAUCUUCAAAUCCAUCGGAUCUUUUCAUCAAUUUCCUUGAAUCCAUUUCUUCCCUUUCCCCUACAUGGGCUCAACACAGUCCGUACAAGUACCCGAAGAAGAUGAUGAGAGUGAAGAAGAAGAAGACGAUCAUAAUGUGGUAGGAGCUUUAAGAGAAAUUGAUGGCAACAAUUUGGUUAAGAAGGUUCUCGAACAAGAGCCUGAAAUACUACCUUGCCAUGCUUCAGCAUCGCCGCUCUCUCCUCAGCUCUCUUCCUUAGGUACGCCGCGCCUCUGCCCGUCGAUUAAGGUGUGGGACCCUUACAAUGUCUUGGCCCCACCUCCGCCUCCCCCUCUUCCAAUUUUCUCUCGGAGCUUGUCGUCGUCUUCGUCCGGUGGGAUUGUUGACGAGGAUCGCGUCGUUACGGAGGUGUUUUUGAUUAAUCAUGGAGAGUGCGACCUUAAUUUAAGGCCGGAUUUGGUCGGUGGGAGAUGCCACGUGGCGGCUUUGACGCCGAUUGGGAAACGUCAGGCUAGGGCUUUAGCUGUGUUCUUUAACUCUCAAGGGGUGAAGUUCAAUGCGGUUUAUUCCUCGCCCUUGGAUCGAGCAAGAUCAACUGCUGUUUCUGUUUGCCAGGAAAUAAAUUUUGCGGAGGAACAGAUACAAUCAUCAGAUGCUCUUGUAGAGAUGAGUCUGGGGCAUUGGGAGGGGUGCCCCUGUUCAGAAAUAUAUACACCUGAAGUUCUGAGCUUGAUUGAAAGUUGCCAGCCUGAUUUUUGUGCACCAUCUGGAGAAUCAUUAAGGCAGGUGGAAUUUAGGAUGGUUCAGUUCUUAAAUAGGAUUCUUGGACUGCCUGAAAAGUUGAGAUCAGAUUUCACGUUGCACCAUCAAAUCAAGAACCAAGGGUUUUCUCAUGAUCGAGAUCCACCUCCUCUAUUGCCACAACAUUGGGAUACGCAUCACAGGCAUCGACCAUUGUUCUCAAGGAAGAAGUCUGGUAAGAGCAGGCUGCAGUAUGUGACUACCACUGGCAAUCAUGAGGGUGAGGAUGAGAUCUCUCCCAGGGAAGCCAGUGACCAAAGUGCACUGCAUAAUUUGAGUGUUAGGAGCUCAACCUCCAUCUCUUCAUGUAUUGGUGUUUUCACUCAUUCAAUUCCUAUUAAGUGCCUCCUCACAGGCCUCCUGGGUUGCAGCCCAGUAAUGUUACAAAGGAUCUGCAUAGAAGAUUCUUCAGUGACAGUAUUGCUUCAUUCAUGGAAAACAGGUUGGCAGAUAAAACGCUUGAAUGAUACUGCACAUCUUAGGCUUCUCUAGUUAGAGAAUUAUGAAAUCCCUGCUUGGAAUUUACUUCUGGGAUGAUGAGCUGUUAAUUAUUGGGUGAAAGCUGGUAUUUUAUUCAUUUAUGGAUCAUGUUGCAAGUCACGAUUACAUGUGAACUGAUGUUACUUCUACACUCUGUUAUACUGUUUGACAGAUUUAUUUACACUCAUAUAGACUUACCACCUUGAAAUUAAAAGAGGAUCGAGGUCGGGAGUUGGGUAUUUGUAUUGGAUGAUUCUUUUGAUUUGUAACAUUUACAAGUGUUGUUAUUGUAGAGGGAAAGAUAUAUUUUUUCCCCUUUUCAUGAAUUAGGAAGAAAUAAGUUAUUUUAGGAUGAUGAACUGUGAAGUUGUAUUUUUGCCGAUUCUUACCAUUUGAGAAGAGCUACCUGGGACAUGCCCUAUUAUUUCAUUUAUGAUUACAACAAAACAUUUUCACUAA